AUGGGCUGUCGUGGCUUGUGUUCAGGGAGAUUUUGGUACUUUAUGAGUAUUAUUGUGCUGACAGUCUGCAUGAACUUGAAUGGAUGGGAAGGAAUGCUAUUCAUUGGAGUUAAUGCAACAAUAAGUGUUCGGGUAUCGAAUGAGCUGGGGCCAGGACACCCGAGGGCUGCAAAGUUCAAGUACUCGGUUUUUGUGAUUGUAUUCGAGUCCCUCCUGAUAGGGCUGUUGAGCAUGGUGAUCAUAACAAAAGACCAUUUUGCCAUCCUUUUCACAAGCAGUGUUAAAAUGCAGAAAGAAGUUUCUGAUUUGGCCUGACUUCUUGCUAUUCACACCAUGGUGCUCUCAACAGCAUUCAGCCAGUUAAUUAUAUCAGGUUUUUUAACAUUUUAGGAAAAAAAAAAAAAGAAAGA